AUGGAGGGGCUGAGAGACACUUUGCAUAAUAGCUCGUUACUAGAUUUAAUAGAUUCGGGUGGCUUUUUGAUUACUGGUUCAGGGGAAACUCCUUUAUCACUAGGACUGAUAGUCUCUGGAGAUCUAGAUUCUUCAGAAGUUCUGGAUGUUGAGGCAACUAGGGCUUGGAUCGAAUUAUCCUGUUUAUCUGAAUUCUUUUCUGGUUGA